GGAGGGCUUGUCUUUUUACUCUUCACGAUGCGGUCGACUGGUCAUCCUGAGCUUCUUUUCUCAGCACCAGACCUUCAAUAACUCCUUCGUCCUUACUUGCUCUCUCGUUUAUUUAUUCUCCUAUCGCUAUAUAUAUCCAACAUAUAUCACUUCAUUUGUCAAGGAGACUUUCCCGACUCGUUCUAUCGAUGCCAAUUUCCUGCUAAUUCUAUACCCCGAAGUCGCUCCGUGACGGCGGCCUGCCCGCCAGGAUUCCUACUGCUCCAGGAUGAAAUUUGCCAAAGAAUUGGAACAGGAGCUAGUCCCUGAAUGGCGGGCCAAAUACCUCGACUACAAGGCGGGCAAGAAAAAAGUCAAGGCCAUUGCGCGCUCUUUGCAAAAAGCGAGUCGCAGUCCCUAUCCCCAACCAAACCGUCCAUCCUCCCAUCAUGGCCAUAAACGAUCUCUGUCCGGAUUGACCAGCGAGCAAACCGUUCCUCCAACGCCCAACCGUCCGUCAGACAAGCGGCUCACUCCCACAGAUCCGUCGCAAAAUAAUUACCCGACGCCGUCUGCAAGGUCAGGGAAUAAUCCUGCAUCGUCCGGUCCGCGUUCCACGCCUGUGCCACGUAGCGCAGAGCGUCAACCGCUACACUCCCCGGGGUCGAGAUUCUCCGCUGCUGCCGUUGGGAGCUAUGGAAGCAUCCUCGCAUCACCGCAGCAUGGCGCACCCACUGCGUCUGACAUGGCAUCGUUGGAGCUACCCGAUCCCGCCAUCGACCCUCGCGAUGAUCAAUCCGAUAAGAUGGACGGCGACGGCGACGAUAAGGAUCACGUUCAUUUCACCACCAGCCCCAGUCGUCCAGAGAGUCGGGGCCCUUCGUCAGUCUCCCCGCGCCAUGUUAGCCUCCCUAGUCACUCCGAUAAAAGACCAUCCAUACCGAAAACGCCUGAGCCCGGCGCGACGAGAAGGUCUCAACUCUUGAAGCGAGUCUUCCCCCACCAAGAUGCGGAUCCAUUGACGGAAAAACAAGGGCAAUUCGAAGCUCCUCCAUCGUCGGAGGUCGACCGGCGUCAGGACGAGUUUUUUGCUUUCUUGGAUGAGCAGCUGGAGAAGAUCGAAUCGUUUUACCACAUGAAAGAGGAGGAAGCUUCCCAACGGUUACAAUUGCUGCGGCGGCAAUUGCACAUUAUGCGCGACCAACGAGUCCAGGAGGUUGUCGGAGCGCAGAAGAAGUUCGGGAAAAGGAAAAAUGGGAAAAAGGACGGUCCGAAUCCGAAAGCCCUGACUGGGUUAAACGGCCAUUUGGUGAAGGAUGUCUUGACGGGACGGAACCGAUUCGGGAAAAACACCGAAGCGCUGGCGCAAAUGGCUACAACUACACCAAGGACUCUUCAGGCACAGGAUCGUGAAUCAAUCACUCGUCGAAGGGAUUUCUCGCGUCGGCCGGAAGAGGAAGAGUUGGAUGAAGCGGAGGAGGAAGAUGAUGAAGACUCGCCCAAUGUUGAUGUACCAUAUCGCUCGGCAAAGAGGAAGCUGAAACAUGCCCUCCAAGAGUUCUACCGUGGCCUCGAGUUGUUGAAAGGAUAUGCCUACCUCAACCGGACGGCGUUUCGGAAGAUUAACAAAAAGUAUGACAAGACCGUCCAGGCUCGUCCCACUUUGCGUUACAUGUCGGAGAAGGUCAAUAAGGCCUGGUUCGUCCAGAGUGAAGUUACUGAGAACCUGAUGGUCGCGACGGAAGAUCUAUACGCUCGCUAUUUUGAGCGUGGGAAUCGUAAGCCGGCAAUCUCCAAGCUGCGUCGUAUCGAUAACAAGUCGGGAGAUUACUCUUCCAACACUUUCCGCUCUGGUCUUCUUUUAAUGGCAGGUAUAUUGUUUGCGAUUCAGUCGUUGGUCUAUGUUGGACAACACAUGCGUAGUGGGGAUCCCACUCUUCAUGUUCACACAAGCUAUUUACUGCAGAUUUAUGGAGGCUAUUUUCUCGUUGUUUUCCACUUUUUGCUCUUUGCUUUGGUUUGCAUGGUCUGGACCAAAGCCAAAAUCAACCAUGUUUUUGUUUUUGAGUUUGAUACAAGGCAUGCAUUGGAAUGGCGUCAGUUAUUAGAGUGGCGUCUGGUUCUCGCGGGUUUAUAUCCUGUUGAAUUCCGUGAUUUCUUCCUUGGAGAUAUGUACUGUUCUCAGACAUAUGCUAUGGGUAACAUCGAACUGUUUUUCUGCCUCUACGCAAGACACUGGACCGAUCCACCUCAAUGUAAUUCAUCCCAUUCACGCCUUUUGGGAUUCUUUCAAUGCCUCCCAGCAGUUUGGCGUGCCUUUCAAUGUUUGCGCCGGUACGCAGACACGCGAAACCUGUUCCCGCAUAUGAUGAAUUUUGGCAAAUACAUUUUUUCGGUCCUCUAUUAUGCGACCCUGAGCAUGUAUCGGAUCCAAAGGAUCCAGCGAUUCGAAGCGACAUUCAUUACAUUCGCCUUGCUGAACGCCGUUUACACUUCAGUGUGGGACUUGGCCAUGGACUGGAGUUUAGGCAACCCCUACGCUAAACACCCUCUCCUACGUGAGGUCCUAGCAUUCCAGCAGGUAUGGGUGUACUACGUUGCCAUGGUCCUGGACGUGAUCGUACGAUUCAACUGGAUCUUCUACGCCAUUUUCGCCCACGAUCUUCAACACUCAGCCGUACUGAGCUUCGUCAUCUCAUUCUCCGAAAUCUGCCGACGAGGCAUCUGGACGAUCUUCCGUGUCGAAAACGAACACUGCACAAACGUCCUUCUCUUCCGCGCCUCCCGAGACACACCCCUACCAUACGACCUUCCCAAACCACCCGAAGAACCCGACCACCACCGACCCGAAGACGUCCAACUCCAAGAACAACCCCCAAGCACCGGUACCACCAUCCAAUCAAGCCCCAACCCCGAAGACCUAGAACAAGGACCUGUACCGCCAACACCUGCCGGCGCAUCCAUGCGCACGCGUCGCGGGUCUCGCGCAGCAGCCGGUCUUUCACGCGUUGGAUCGAUCGUGGCCGCUGCACACGCGCAGGACUUUGAGCGCAGGAAACGGCCUGAUCAGAUGCAUCCUGCUUCUGUGUCGCAAGGGAAUGCGCAGACUCCGGAGGAUUCGAGUGAAGAGGAGGAUGAUCCAGGGGAUGCGGAUGCGGGUGCGGAUGCGAACCGGUAUGCGGAGGAUAAUUUGGAGGAUGAGUUACCGUUUGGGAGGACGAGGACUCAUCGGACGCAUGAGGAUGAUGAGUAGGGUUGCUAUGUUUUUGUUAUUUCAGGAGGGAUCUGGUGUUGAACAUUUGGUCGGUAAUUAUAUGUAACGAACUAUGGGAGGAUCUUUGAUUGGUAAUGCUGGAUUUGGGGUAUUUGGGGUGUAUAUAAUGUAGUUAUGUUCUAGCCAUUUUGCUAUGAUAAUCGUCAUACAAAAAGAUAUGGUUCUCAACUCUUGGCCAUCUUCUCUAUCGUCCACCUUCAGCUCCCGUCCCUUGAUCAUACAAAGUGGUCCAAUGGUGCAGCAACUCAUCCACCUCAGAUUCAAGAUAAGCCUCAAACUUAGUCGCGCGGUGCGCAUGAGUCCGAGGCUCAAGCUCCCAAUGAGCUUGUUCACCUCCCAAUGAGCUUGUUCACCUCCAUAUGCAAGCUCCUUUUUAUCCUGAAUCUCCUGGCCCU